AUGAUUCCCGCCCAAUAUAGCGCCCCCCAGGAUCCCGUUGUGGACAUGCUCUGGAAGCAGUUGACCGAGCUCAACGCCGCCGUCGAUGCCACGGGCGACCGAUGGAUAAGUCUCGGGUCCCUGCAAUGCAAGAUCAUGGAGAUGGGGCAACACGAAUCCGUCAAGGAGGACUUCGAGGAUGAAAUUCGCAAUCUGAAAAUCCUCCAAAGCAGGCGUUUCUGUGCCACGAGCUCCCAUCUUCUCAUGAUCCAUGUCAAGGUCGACAUGACUCCCCAGUCGCUUGCUCGACUCGACCGAAUCUCGCGACAUUCGACAAUUAGCAAAGGCAUUCGUGCCAUUAAGAUAUGCCUUGGACGCCAUUUUGACCCCGACAUCUCCAAUGAUAUCCAAGCCUUCGCGCGCUACCAGGGAACCAGGAUGCGAGGUUAUAUCAACUUCUGGGAGUUGAGUGUCCAGCAUCGACACCUUCUUGGAACCAUGUCGAGAGGAAACAUGUCCAUGGAAGCCUUGCAGAGAGCUAUUGAGCGAGGCACCAUUCUCGCUGAUUCUUUCGAUGAAGCGACCCGACGCGGUCUGGACGAGACUUGCCCAGAGCAUGUCCUGCUGAGGGUGGCGCAAGAGUGUUACAGACAGCAUUACGAAUCCCAACUCCUUCUACAGCACGGGCCUUUCGUGCAGGACAUUGUCUCUGCAAUGAUGCGAAUGCCAACUGCCAUAUGGUUGAGCAUUCAGGAUGAGGACAUUGGACCCGUUUCCGGACCUGAUUGGGAGUCCGAAAUCAUCGAUCCAGAGGAUAUGGAGGAUCUGGACACGCUGAGGCUGAAGCUUCAGGCUCCUAGCUUCUCAUGGAGUACAGCAAGGUACUGCGGGCUGGGGUCCCCGCCGGUCGACGUGAUUCCAAACAUAUUCUUGUCCAUUGGAGAGGCGGGGAUUCGUCUGACUGGACUGGACAUUGAUGUUCCCCUGCCAGACAACUUGUCUUCAUUUUCGAGAGAUCAAGUCGAGACUUCCAAGAUGCAGGCUUCUUCACAGCAGCUGAAGGCAUUCGCUUGCCGCGCGCGUCAUGAUAGGCCACCUUCGACAGAGGCGAUCCCAACUCUCAUUCGCUUCCUGUCUACAAUACUCCAAACAUCUUCUUUACAACGCAUCGACCUUUGGUUCGAUUCCGGUCUCCAACCGAUAGCCAGCAUCGCACCCAUACUGUUCUCGCGCUCUUGGCCGAGCCUGAAGGAAUUAUCCUUUAGCGGACCAUUCCACUUUCAGGAUCUGCGAAAGUUGGUCAAUCACAUUGGCAAGAAUGUUGAGCUUCAGUGGAGCGGAUAUCUCAUGGAUGGACCCUGGGCCGGAGUCCUGGACUUUCUGCGAGAUUGUAGGCUGCAUGCUACUCUAACCCUCGGCGAUGUGAACGGAUCGAUAGCCGGCGCCGAAUGCGAGAUCAUGUCGAUGAGAGAGUUAGACUACAUCUUCAGAGAGAACGAUGUCACGCCAAGUCUGGCGUCGGAGAGCAGAGCGUCAAGAUAUAUCAGAGGCUGGACGACUCAGAACCCGGUCACAGAUUGGAUGAACGGAGACUUGGAGAUGGCUGAACUGCCAAGGGAUGAUUCGGAAAUUGGAGAAUACCAGGAAAGCGAUACCAUAUCAGAUGACAGCUAG